UUACCUUUUAUCAAAAAGUACAAAAAAAAAAUACAAGUAGUUAUCAACAAGUAGUUUCACAACAAUGAAUGCAAGUGUCUGAGCAGAAAGGCUUGCAUAAAAUGCAAGCAAUUUUUUUAUUAUGGCGCCAAUAGAAGUUCAUAAAAAUGUUGAAGAUGUGAAUUCGGAACCUGAAAUUGAUAACAAUGAAGAUGUUAUAAAAAAACAUGCUAAAAAUGAGGUGUGGCGGUUAACAGUAACUCUUUGUAUUGUUAUUUUGGUAUCCUAUGUUUGUGGAUUGUUUCAGUUUUCAAUUAUUGCUCCUUUGGUUAUUUGUCUUUAUGCACUGUGGAUUUGGAAUAUCAAGGUUGAUCGAAUUCAAAACUGGUUUUACAGAGAGCACGAGAUGCGCGAAAAAAGAAAACAAGCAUUUUUUCAACCUGAAACAGUUGAAUGGCUUAAUUUUUUGCUUAAUAGAUGGUGGUACUUUAGCGAUCGAACGAUUUAUGAGUUGAUGAAGAGAGGUUUAGAUCCUGUAUUAGAGGGAGCCAAACCCAAAUUUAUUGAAUCUAUUGAAGUAAGAGACUUUACACUUGGUAACAGAACUCCAUAUUUUAAGUAUCUUACAGUUUAUGAUACAACUGAAGAUCUUCGCAAGCUAAUGGCUUCAGAAGUUUUGUAUCGUAAUCCACCUUCUGAUCUGCCGAAACGACCACGCUAUCAAGUAGUUAUUGAUGCAGAUAUGGCUCUUGAUGCCCCCGAUUCCAAAAUGAUCAUCACAACAAAAAUAUCCAACAAAAUGUCAGAUAUUGAAAUAAGUGUCGAACAGUUUCAAAUUCGUGGUCGCAUUCAACUUGUACUUUUUUUUAACCAGAGCAUACCAUUUCCUCAUUUAGCUGCUUUUUCUAUAAGCUUUCUUCAUGUCCCAAAAGUAAAUUUUGAAAUUCGUAUGCUGAAAAAAAUUCAGCUAAUGGAGUUUCCGUUGUUGAGAAAUUGGAUAAAUGAACUUGUAAAUGAUUCGCUUAAAAUAUCAUUGGUUGAUCCUGGUUAUGUAACCAUUCCCUUGUGCAAUGACCCUGAGUUGUUAGGAAGGCAAAGUGGUUAUGCUACUGGUGUAUUAACCAUAACAAUUAAAGGUGGUUUAAAUGGAAAAGCCACAAGUGAUGAGCAAUGGUGUUCCCUCACAUUAGACAGGCUAAAAAUCCGAACAAAAGAGAUCAGUGCGGAUGUUUUAUGGCAAGAGCAAGUUUCAAUGUUGAUUCAUAGUUUGCAGUUUGAUAAGUUACGUGUUAAAAUUAAAGGUAAACGUAGGUUUGGGCCAGAUUUUACCAUUGUUCAGUAUGUGUUGCCACUGAUCAGAAUGAAUUUAGAGCAGAAUCCAGAACAAGACAUAGAGUUACAAGAUGAAAAUAUUGAAGGAUCUUUGUUAUGUUUGCAUCUUGAUUAUUCUUCACUUCCUAUAAUUGAUGUUUGCAAUGAAACUGAUGCUCAAAUGUUUGAAAAAAGUUUUAUUGAGAAGUAUGAACAGCCAACAGAAGUGUCAGGUGUGCUGUUUGUGCGAGUGCAUAAAGGUGUUAACUUGAUUCCUAUGGAUAGCAGUGGUACAAGUGAUCCUUAUGUUAUGAUCUUUGCAAACAAAGAGUUGAUACAAAUUGGACAUGUUAUUGAGGAGACUUUAAACCCUGAAUGGGACACGAUGAUUGAGUUUUUUACUUUAGACUACACCCAAACAACGCUAUCAUUUAUAAUUCAUGACCAAAACCCUUUGAUUCUAAAAAAUGUCAUUCUUGCUGAUGACAAUGAUGACUUUAUGGGAUCCUGUAAUCUGCCACUUACCAGGAAUGACUGGUAUAUUUUUAAAAGAGAAUUAAACGUUGUAUUUAAAUUCCACGGUGACACAAAAAGAGGAUUAGCAGAAAGCUUGCGUAAAGUUGGAAAAAUUAUAGUUUCAGUUAUUUUCAGACCAAUAUCUUCAAUAAAGACAUCAGUUCGUCCAAGUAAAAAUUCUGCAAUGCCUCUUGGAGAACCUUUACAUCAAAAACGCACUAAAAUUGAUGCCGUUACAAUGGAAGCAAUUUUAUGCUCAGAAAGAGGAAGUUUAACAAUUGGCAUUUAUCGUGCUCGCAAACUUGUUGCCUUUGAUAUGAAUGGAAGAAGUGAUCCAUUUGUAAUUGUUCGGGUGGGUGAUUUAAAAAAUGAAAAGUAUAAGACAAAAAUUAUUUACCGCACUUUGAAUCCUGUCUGGAAUGAACAAGUUACAAUGGCCAUGCCUCAACGUCAUCAGAUUCUCUACAUUGAGGUAUGGGAUAAAGAUCCUUUUACUCAGGAAAAGAUGGGAGUAGUUCAAUUUCGUUAUGAAGACUUAUUGAAUUUAGGAGAAGGUGGUUUAGACUCAAAGCAUUGGUUCACUCUUGAGAAGUCCAAAUCUGGUGAAAUUCAACUGAGUUUUAAAGUCGAAGGGUUAGAGAAAAAAGUUAAUAAUGUUGCUGUGGACAACAAUCCUCAUGAGGUGUGUGGUUACAAUGAUGUAGAUGGACGGCAUUUUUCUACUUAUUCUUUUGAUAAUGGGACUGGUCUUUUAAAUGAUGAUGAAUACCUAGUUUUAGAUGAAAAGAUAAAGUUAGAUGAAAUGUUAUGUGAAGAUGAAAAUGCAGAUAAAGAUGAAUUUUUUUGUGACCAUCUUGCUAACAUUGAUGAUGAAGUCUGUCAUAAAGAUGAUGCUGGACUUGUUGAUCUCUCAGGUGAACCCCUGAAGUAUUAUGGGCUAUAUGGGGAGAUUCUUGAAGUUAGUGAUUUAAUGAUAAAUCAUGAUAUCAACGAGGUAUAUGUUAAGCUAAGAUUAGAUAGACAUGCAAAGUUUCAGCCACUUUCAAAAAGAAGUAUAUUAAAUAGAACAGAUAGAGUUUUAUGCCGAACACCAAAUCUUCAAACUGAUUCUAUUAUACAAGUUAAUGAAAAGUUUCAGUUAAAAAUAGAUGUUGGAAUUUCACCAUGUAUUUAUUUGAUAUUGGAAGUGAAAAGUGACAAAAAAGGAAAAGAUGUCAUUGAUUCUCAUUCCAUUUUGUUAAAGAAUUUUUUUAAAGGUGAAAAUCCUGCUACACGGCUUGUAAAACUUGACAAUGAUUCACAUGGUCCUAAUGUGGGUAGUGCAAUGAAGUUGAAGUUAGGAUAUUUUUUGGAUACGACAGCUCCAUCUUUACGAAAAAAUAGUUUCUUCCGCAAAACCGGAAAGACUACAUAACGCCAUUACUAACGUUGUUACGUCUGUAAAUAAUAAAAUAUAGUUGGUAAUACUUGUUCAACAUUUAACAUCAACAUGAAAUACUUACAAUCUGGAGACAUAAGAAAUUCUUAACUAUAGUUCUGAAAAUAUAAAAAAAUUUUUUAUUUUUUUGUACACAAUUUUCCUAUCGCUUUAUUUUUUUAUAAAUUAAUUUGUUUUUUUUUUAAAAAAGUAUUUAAUAAUUUAUGUAUACUUACGUAUAAAAUGUUUUAAAUUG